GAUUCGAGGGUCGAUUUCAAUUACCCUCUGGGCACUUUGAUCUUUGCGGCUGGUUCAGCUGCUUCACAGGUUGUUUUUGUUGCCAAGCUGGAAGGCCAGGUUUUGGCCGCAGUUCCCUUCAGCUCAUGGCACCGCCGACGAAACCAACGCUUGCUACCACCGGACGCUCUGACCAAAGUCAUCAGUGCAGAGGUAGCUACAGCCGAUCCAGAGGACCGCAUGGUCCUGAUGCAUGGAGAGAAUUUGAAACUUUGGUUGGGAUUCCUUCGAGAAGAUCUUGUCCCCGACGUUGCUUUUCUGAGCCCCGACGACGAGGCUCACUUGUCCGAGGAAGCCUGGCCGUCAGCUCAAGCCUUGGUGGAUGUUGGGCAGGAUCACUUCGCCUUUUUCACUGUUCCGGAGGAACUGGGCGAACUUCCAGAGCCGCCGCCGGCGCUGGCCCCAAGUGGCAUGCUUCGAGGAGAAGGGUCUGGUUCGCCCGACCUUUCCUUGCGAGUGCAAAAGUUGGAGGACACAGUGGCGCAAGAGCCUCCGGCGACUGCAUAUCCUCUUCUGGACCCUGCAAUGGUUCGGUCCGCCCUCAGUGCUGGUAUGGACGAAAAGGUGCUCGUCGAGAUGCAGUCGUUGAUGGCUUCAGCCGCUCCCACCAAAAAGAAGUUGAAGGAGCCGCGACAGGUCACCAUCAAGCCGAGUGGCCCCUUGUCCGAGACCGAGGAGGACGAAGCCGAGCAGCAAGGGUCUGGGUCUGCAGGCCUUUCUUCCGAUCCUAUGACUCUGGCGGUGGGCAAGCUCACAUCCAUAGUCGAGACGCUUGCAGCAGACAAGGAGAGGAGAAAGAAGCCGGGACUGGACCUGCUUUUAGAUGGUGCUCAUGGACCUGGCGACCCCGUCAGCUCCGGCAGUGGGAAGCGGUCAAGUAUCGCUCGCAGAGCCCUGAUGAAAGCGCUCACACACUCACCCCAGGAGCUGUUCAUGCUGAUCGAGAAGCUCAUGGAGGAGGACCUUCAAGGGCGCGUGCUGGCGCCUGGAAUGCCCCCUGCAACUCUUUCAGCAAGGGCUUGGAUGGAGCACCGAUCGUACAUUGGACAGUACAAGACCUUGGCACAUUCGGCCUGGGGAAUCAGUGGAGUCCUCGAUUGUUUGAUCGGAGGGCGAGUCGACGAGGCGAGGGCUCGGGCCAAUUUGAUGCUCCUCCAACUGGACCAGGUAGCUGCGGAUCGGGGGUCUUGGCAGCUGGCAUCGCUGUUGAGCUUAGAGAGCCUGCCGCCCUUCGCCAAUCUGGCGACCCAUCAUCCUCCGGACGUCAGCAUGGGGGAACAGCCGUUUUCCAAGCUCCUCGAUCCUCGAUGGAGCGAGGUAGCCCUGGCUCAGUUGAAAGAGACGGACGAGUACCUCGAGAAGAGGCGCAAGCUGCAGCAGAAGGGAGGCAGGAAAGAAGAAGGAGCAAGCGGCGAAGACUCUCCAUCGCCGAAGAGGGCGCCUACAUCCCAGUUGCUGCAAAACGUGUGGCCCAUGCCUAUUCCUUUCCCUGAGGCCUUCAGAGCAAGCGGAGUGCCUGAUCCUGAUCAGCUUUGGCGGAAACGCCUUGUUAGUCUGGAAGUGGUUGUGCUCAGCUGGUUGAGUUUGGGUUCUCCUACGUAUGCACCACCUUGUUUGGGCCUUGGGGCAAAGUUGACAGCAAAGCAAUGGUCGGCUGUAUCCACACUGCAGUUUUUGAGUUGGGAUGGGAACACACCAGAAUUCAUUGAUUCAGAGUCUAUGGGGCGAGGCGCCUCGAAAGUUGAAUCUUAUGAGGAUGCAAUCGAGGCCCUUCAUCGCGCCGUUUUGACUUCUGAUAUUCCGCACUCUCGCUAUUUUGGGGGCUCCGUUACAAAACCGGAAUCCGACUAUGCGUCCAGAAAGCUCGACAGUGGUCAGAUUGUUGGCCUGGUGCAGAAAACAGUGGUCAGUCCUGCAAAAGACAUAGAAGCAGACAGGCUUGAAUUCCCGGCAGCGCCCUCUUUUGAUCCUACGCCCUUGCUUGAUGAAGUCACUGCUGAGGUCUAUCGCCACCCCAUUGAAACGGGGAGCCCCGGCAAAGACUACGAGCUUGGAGCGCCUGUGGUUCACAUCAGGGCGACCAAGGAGAACAAGAUGCUCCUCCUUAAGAAGCUGCGGGCCUCGGGAAGACUUGAACCGCUGAAUAAGGCCGAUGUGAGGCGAGGGGCCCUCUCCGGGCUUUUCGCUGCGCCGAAGUCUUUGACACGUGAUCGCUUGAUCCUUGAUGCGCGUCCUGCCAACAUGGCUGAUGUUGCUUUGAACAAGUGGUGCAAGACGAUGGCUUCGGCUGCUGCUCUGUGUGACAUAUGUCUGGAAGAUGACCAAGUGUUGGCCGCAUCCGGGGAAGACCUUCGUGAUUUCUUCUAUCAGUUCAAGGUGGGGCGUGAGAGAACUGUGCGCAAUGCUCUGGCUGAUCCCUUGACCAGGGAGGAAGCGAUUGAGGUGUUUGGUCACGAGGCCAUUCCGGCCCAUUGGGAACCGCCGAUCUACUGCGGUUUGUCCACGCUGGCGAUGGGCGACCAGAACGCCUGUGAGUUCGCACAAUGCUCUCACCUGGCGCUGAUGCUUCGCACUGGCGUUUUGAGCGAGGAAGAGAUGUUGUCGCUGCAAGGAGACGUCCCACGAGGCCUGUUGUCGGUUGGGGUCAUCAUUGACGAUCUUGUGCUGCUUGAGAAGCUGUUGAUGGCCGCUUGGCAACGAAGCGAGGGUCGAAGCACGACUCAAGCUGAUUUGCGGCUGGACAAGGCCGUUGCUGCUUACAAGGAGCAUGGACUCGAGGUCAACCUUAAGAAGGAGUUCCGAAACCAAACCUUGUCCCGCUUCUGGGGCAUUGAGCUUGACGGGCAAAAAGGGCUUGUUCGGGGGUCUUCUUUGCGCUUGUGGCCGUUGACGGUCAUCACAGCCAGAGUUGCCAUGCUGGGGUUAUCCACCGUUGCAUUGUUGGAAGCUAUUGCAGGGUCAUGGAUCUCAAUAUUUUCAACACGAAGAAGGUUUUUGCGCACUAUGAACUUGAUUUUCGAGGCAACAGGUAUCCCACAGCAGAACAUGGUGUUGAGGCUAUCUCCUGCACUACUUGCAGAACUGUGGACUCUCGUUUGUUUGGGGCCGCUUGCAACUACAAACCUCCGUGCUCGUUUUCAGCCCUUCAUCACAAGCACAGAUGCUUCUAGCGGGUGGUUAGCAGCAGUUAGAGCGCAAGCUCCCCUCGCCAUCGUGUCUGAGGUGGCGAGACGCGGGCUUCGAAAGGGCCGCUGGUCGAAGCUCCUGCCCUCGCAUCAGGCGUGGUUGCGGUCACAUGGGAUAUUGGAUCCUGGGGACGAGCUGCCGGGGGAUACCUAUGAUGCGCGUCCUAUAUGGGUUCUGCUAGCUAGAUGCCUCUUCUAUGAGGAGAGGUGGAGGAAGCCAGUUGCUAGAGACACACAUAUCAACAUUUUGGAGCUGCGUGCGCAUUUGUUGGAAGAAAGACGUUUGUCUCAAUGUUUCAGCCACAGCCGUUUCCUCUACGGUAUCGACUCGCAAGUGAGCCUUGGAGCAUUAGUGAAAGGACGUGCUGCAUCAAAGGCGUUGAACAGAGAGUUGAUCAAAGCCCUUCCCCAUGUUGUUAGCAGCGACCUUUACAGCAGUUACAUGUACUACCCUAGCAAGGUGAACAGAGCCGAUGGACCGACUCGUGAUGCGUUGCCCGCUGACCCCGACGUUCCGCUGCCCGAUUGGUGGAAUGAAGCUGCCUCCGGCAACUUCGCUGGGUUCGAUGCUUGGCUGAGGAGUGUUGAGGGGGAUGUCGACAAACCGGACUACGACUGUCGGGAUUUGUUUCGGACAGCUAUGCCGGUGAGUUGCCCUUCACGUGUCCUUUUUAGCAGGCUGCGUCGAGACAAGCUGGCCGAUCAGUGGAGCCUUGGUGUUCACGACCAUCCUUCAAGUUUGACCUCCGAAGCUGUUGAGAUCCUGAAGAGUAUCCCAAAGAAGCAGUUUCUUUUUGGCAGCAACUUCAACGGGUUUUGUGAACCUGGAUACAUUGAUUUGUUUUCUGGGGGCUUCGGAGUUGCCCGGGCUGUUGUCAAAAAUGGGGCCCCAUGGUGUCUCAGUUUCGAGUGGAAGCGAAGCGCGGCUGAGAACUUAUUGCUCGAUGAAAUUCGAGCCAAGAUUCGUUCUUUGAUCCGACUGCGAGCUGUCAGAGCGUGGGGCGCUGCGCCCAUAUGUGCCUCUUUCUCUGUGGCAGUCACUCCGCCUGUCAGAAGUGCUCGAUGGCCCCGAGGACUGCCCAACCUGUCGGAGAACAUGCGGCGCCGGGUGCGAGAAGGGAAUUCACACGCUGACUUUGUGGCAGAGCUCAUUACAAUCACAGAGGAGAGCGAUCCAGACAUCAUUUUUUGGUUUGAGAAUCCGGACACUUCCUGGUUGUGGCGCCAAAAGAAGUUCGAGCCAUUCAGACCUGCUGAUUCAGACCGCUGUUUCAGGUGUUGCUUUUGCCGCUUUGGCACUCCUUGGAAGAAACCCACCCGCUUCGGUACCAGCUCACCUUCAUUGCGAGGCCUGCGGAUGAUGUGUCGUUGCGGCAGUCGGAAACAUGUGCAGCUUCGAGGUCGUUCGCCUUAUGGCAAGUCUUGGACUCAAGUUGCAGAGCCAUACCCACGUCAUUUGUGUGACUUGCUCGGCAAGGCCGUUUGCGGUGACGCUGGAUGGGGCAAACAGCUGAAGCUUGACGUUGCUGGGUGUUCGCGAUCGCUGUCGCUCAGACCUGGAGAAGCCGUGCAGCCUGGGCCAAGAAGGAAGGGUGAGCCCAGAUCUCAAGGGCUGGAUUCCAUUCAGCUCCUGUCCACUGCGGAGGCUCAAAGAUAUCGGGAGGACAACAAAGCUCUUCAGAUUGCGGCGCAAGCCAAUGGCAAGAUUGACAGUGCCAAUGAGAGAAUUCGGACCUUAAGGAAGGAGCGGGAUGCAGCUCAGAAAGAAGCUGACAGGCUCCGGGGUGCAGGCGAGCGGUUGGUGAGCCGUCAGGAGGAGUGUCGCAGAGAGCGGCAGGAGCUCGCUGAGCAGAAGGCGGGAGGGCAAGGGUGA